AUGCCGCUCCAGAAGCACGAAUACCUCUCUUCCGUCUGGCAGCCCGACCUUUUCCGUGGCAAAGUCGUCUUCUGCACCGGCGGGAACGGAUCGAUCUGUUCCGCGCAGGUGCGUGCUCUCGUCCACCUCGGCGCGAAUGCCUGCAUUGUCGGCCGCAAUGUUGAAAAGACACUCUCAGUUGCCAAAGAUCUAGAGACGGCACGCGCGGGGAGCAAGGUCUUGGGCAUUGGUGGGGUCGAUGUGAGGGACGUUCAAAGCCUAGGGAAGGCGGUGGACGAGUGUGUGAGGGUGUUUAGGGGCAUUGACUUUCUGAUUGCUGGCGCAGCAGGCAACUUCCUGGCGCCCCUGUCCCAACUAUCCACCAACGCCUUCAAAUCCGUCAUGGACAUUGACAUUCUGGGCUCCUAUAACAUCACUAAGCUCUGCCUACCCCACCUCGUCGCCUCUGCUAAAAAGCACAACUCCUCGUCCUCUUUACCGAAAGCAGAUUCUUCGGGACCGGGCGGCCGAAUCAUCUACGUGUCCGCGACAAUCCACUACACCGGUCUACCCAUGCAAACGCACGUUGCUGUUGCAAAGGCUGGCGUCGACGCUCUCUCCGCAAACGUGGCGAUCGAAUACGGGCCGCUCGGCAUCACCAGUAACAUUAUCGCUCCGGGCCCCAUCGCUGGCACGGAGGGGAUGGACCGCCUCUCGCAGGCAGCAAGAAAGGGAGGUGAUCCUACGGGACAAAAGGCGGGACGGAGAAUCCCCUUGGGACGAUGGGGAACGAUAAAAGAAAUUGCAGAUGCAACGGUAUAUUUGUUUAGUGACGCGGGGAAUUAUGUCACGGGAGACAGAUUGGUCGUCGACGGUGGCGCGUGGCAUACCUCUGCUGGAUCACCAGGAGGAGACUUUGCGUAUCCCGACUUCAUCUUGAGUGGAGCGGAGGUCACAGGCGUGGGCGGCAUGAAGAAAAAGAAGGAGGGCGCAAAGCUGUGA